AUCGCCGACCGGAGGCUCUGCCGCGAGAUUGAAUAUGAGAACCGCGUGCCGCGCUCACGCUUGUUUUGGUGCUUUAUGAUGGUGCGGCAUGAGAGUGCGAGAUAUGCGGACGUUCCGUGACGGAAACCUGAGAUACACCGCCACAAGUGGGCGGAGAGAGCGGCGUUCUCCGCUGCACAGAUAAGUGCGCUCUCCCGGAGUACUGUCAGGGUGUGGUGAUGGAGGUGGUAAUAUUGAAAGCGAGAGCCCAACUGAAUCGUCUGGUGUCAGUGCGUCGCGCGAACGCACGGGGGGCGCGCGCGAACGGCGGUGUGUCGUCGCGCGCGCCGGCCCGCGGCCGCGAAAUGGCGACCGCCUCACCUAAAUCUACAUGGCUUAACGCCACUAUUGCGUUUAACCUCUCGCGUAUUAACACCACGUUUGACACCGAUUACGAACUGCUCAACAGCAACACUACUGAUGAACACGAUAAUCAUUGGUUCUGCGCGAAGUGGACAAGUGCGCAACAGGAUCUCUUUCAGGCAGCCAACCUAUGCUUCGCAAUAGCAUUCUUGGCACCGAAGAGUUUUAAACAGAGUAUAUUGGUGCUACGAGCGCUUGCCGCUACGGGAGCGGUGCUCAUGGGCAUGUGGGCUGGCGCAGAAGUUUGUGCUCCUGAUGUUCUAGCCUGGAGUCUAGCCCUGGUCGUCGUCAACUCUAUACAUACUGUUUUCUUAAUUAUAAGGUUUUUGCCGCCAGCCCUUUCGCUAGAACUGACCGAUUUGUACCUGAAACUAUUUAAGCCGUUAAAAGUAAGCAAGAAACAUUUCCAAGAGCUAACGAGAGAGGCGAGGGUCGUGAAGCUGGAACCAGGUGAAGCGUACGCUGUCGAGGAGGUCACGCCCGCAGACGAACGAUUAUCAAUAUUACUGAAGGGAAAAAUGAAAGUGAGUUGUGACGACACACAUCUACACUACAUUCAGCCAUAUCAGUUCGUAGAUUCACCUGAGUGGGAAGCGAACCGCGAACAAUCGGAUGACGUUUUCCAGGUAACGGUGGUAGCAGAGGAAGUGUGCACUUGCCUUUGUUGGCCUCGCAUGCGUUUGGAGCGUGUGUUGCGGCAUAGACCCUUUCUGAAGGUUGUGCUUGACUGCCUUAUUGGAAAAGACAUAACACACAAGUUAUACUCAGUGAGUGAAGGCCUUGGUCUAGGUACAUCUGGUGACAAUGAUGGACCUCCUUCACACCUCACGAGGUCAGCCAGUGUCGAUGCCGUGCACGAAGGCGCUAGAGGGCGACUCAGAAGUCUUGCCUGGAGGUCACAUACGCCUGCUGCAAAAGGCAAUUCAUAUUGGCAACCGGUAGUUGCUCGACAAUUCCUGCGGCAGUCGCCAUUCAGUCGGAGCGUGGCACCACCACCGCGGUUGCUGACGCAGGCCUCAUCAGCAAGUCUCCAGCCGGCCGCCCAACCUCGCCGGCGGAGUCCGCCUCGGCGCACCGCGUCCUUCCGGCGGAGUCGCGAGGUAAAAUUCGCGGAGGUCCCCGGAGCUGAGCCCCUGGUGUGACGCGGGCCGCGGCCCCAGCAAGAGCUGGUGCCGCUUGCCCCCCCCGCGCCCCUCUCCCCCUGACCAACGGACGCGCGCACCACAGACUUCUAAACGGACCAUUUAUUACGUGUUAUUUAUUUGACUAAAGAGCUUCCUGUUGAUGUCGUUUGAUAGAAUUUUUCAGUGAACGUUACGGAGUGAGUUAGUGAAGUGAUCGGAAACUGUUGUCGUGAGAUAGAUUAGUGUUUUUAUUGCGUAAUUAUUUCGUUACUAAAUUAACAUUAUAGCUUUUGUGAGAAAUAGCCUAGUCGACGUUGCCAGCAUACGUUUCCAAAUAAUUGAGAGACCUUUUAAUUACAUUUUUUUUAGUUGAUAUUGACUGGGCCUAGAAACAAUCGAGCAACUAAUUCUGCGUAAACC